GGGGCCCAACCCGGACGAGGCUUUCAGUUCCCCCGAGUCCCGCGGCCGUCGCUGGCUCCCCGGGCCUGCAAGCCCCGCCUCGAUUGGCUGGCGUCGGGUCCGCCUAGCCCCUUGGGCCCUCGGGACUGCGGCGGGGACAGGCGUGGGGCCAUGGCCGGGAUCCGCAAGCUGGAGCUGGAGGAGGCCCUAAUGCUGGGGUCUGGCUGGCGCCACGCGUGCCACGCGCUGUUAUACGCGCCGGACCCGGGGAUGCUUUUCGGUCGCAUCCCUCUCCGUUACGCGGUCCUGAUGCAGAUGCGCUUUGAUGGGCGCCUCGGCUUCCCCGGCGGCUUCGUCAACAUGCAGGACGGCGGUCUGGAGGCCGGGCUGAACCGCGAGCUGACCGAGGAGCUGGGCGAGGCCGUGGCGGGCUUCCACGUGGAGCGCUCCGACUACCGCAGCUCGCACGCGGGGCCCGGGGCGCGCAUCGUGGCCCACUUCUACGCCAAGCGCCUGACGCUCCAGCAGCUGGUCGCUGUGGAGAUGGGCGCCCCUCGCGCCAAGGACCACGGGCUGGAGGUGCUAGGCCUGGUGCGAGUGCCCCUGUAUACCCUACGGGAUGGUGUGGGAGGCCUGCCUGCCUUCCUGGAGAACACCUUCAUUGGAGCUGCAAAGGAGCAGCUGCUGGAGGCCCUCCAGGAUUUAGAACUGGUGGAACCUGGUUCUCUUACAGCACGGAAGAUCUCCCUACCUCGCUAGAAGCAGCCCUCUGUGGACCCACGGAACCUGAGAUGAGGAUCUUGGUACAAAGGAAGGGAGGAGGGAAUGGGGGAGGUUUUCUCUUCCAGGCCUGGGCCUGAUAGAUGAUAACAGAUUAAAAGAAGUAUGUGCAGUAUGUUUGAGCAGAGGGCCCCCCCAGCAACUCUCAGCAUCCAGAGCAAAAAUCUGCAGCUCAUCCUGGGGCCCUGGCAAAUUCCCAGAGCUGGCCUCCUCUCUGUCCAUUUGCACACACACAGCAUAGCCGUCCCCGGACCUGUGAAUGUACAGUCUGUGCCCACAUACAAGCUGACGCCUCCCCACAACCCCCAUGUGCAGUUUAACUGGAAAGUGGCAUGUGUGGGGUCUAGCUUGUCAUUGGAACCAUCUCCUUGACGGGGAGGAGCCUCUGAUCCAGGGGAGCAUCUCUGCCCACACUCGUACAUGGCUGUUCUCGGGGGUCUAGCCCAGCAUAUGUUUGCUGCAGAGGGGAGAGAAGCAGAGGACCUUUUCUCCCUGAAAAUCGUCACAUCCUUGCUUGGGUGUUGGCAAAAGAAAUCUACUCCUGAAAGGUGGCAGAGGAUCCUAACCAGCUUCCUGCCGUCUUCUGAAAUUGAGCAGAAGGCUGAGAAAAAAUGGCCUGGUCUCCUUGGACUUGAACUUCUGAGUCCUGGUGCAUCUCCAAAGCUGUCAUCUAGGACUCCUUAGACCAGGGACCUCAGAAGGGAAGAGACCCAGCCCUGGUCUAGCCCUGUCCUGACCAAAAGAGCCUGCCAUUAAAGAAUGGCUUAUAGCUGAGCCUCAGAGCCCUUCUGGUUUCUGGACAAAUUAUCUGUCUGAGGUAUAGGAGAUCUGGGGAUGAGAGAGCCAUGGGUCUUGCUCUCCACGGGGUUAAAGGGCUAAAUGGCAAAUAUCUCAGGCUUCGUGGGCCACAUGGUCUUUGUAGCAUCUGCUCAGCUCUUUAGUUUCAGAAGCAGCAAUGAACAACAGAUAAUGGGCAUGGCUGUGUUCCAGUAAAACUUACUUUAUGCAAGGAGGUGGCCAGCCACCUGUAACCAAUUUAAUUAUGAUGCCUAUUUACAUGUUUCGUUUAUGUCAUGUUAAGAAGGAAAUAAAAGAUUGACAAAGGUC